GUUAAACCAUGCACAUGCUCACAUUUGUAGCGCUUGUAACGUGGAUCUUGCUCCUUUCCACAUAUUGCCGGGCGUUUCAGGAACGUGCGGAUUUCUGCAUAGAAACGGAACCGUUGCUCUUGACUGACAUAGGUCGUCAUGUGGUCAUUGAUAGCGACAAGGAUACCAAUUGUCAUAUAACAGCCACAACGUUGACGCUCAAGGAGAAGGAAAGCCUCGUUGACACCAUGUGCGCGGAUCACGGCUCGACAACAAUAAAACGCAGCAAUCAUCACUUCUUCAAACUGCACAACGGUGAGCUGAAUGGACGUGGUGCCCAGCGUGACAUAUGCAAUGGAAAUGCCAGCACAAUGCUAGCCUGGGUACCAUACAAGAUCAUGCUGCAGAAUUAUGCAGCUGAACUGAAUCCCAAGGAGCGCCUCAGCUACAUAGCCAAGGCGACCAAUGUGGAGCGGGAAAAGACUGAGCUGUGUCACUUCAGGCACACGGAUCUGGUCAACAAUGUGAUGGACAACCUCUUUACAUGCGUCGUCAUGAUAUUCGAGGACAACUUUUAUGGCAUUGAGGAUAACAUAAAUGUGCUGGUGGAGCUGCAGCCUUUGAUGUACCAGCUGCGCAACAUCACGUAUCUGCCAUGGCGCAAUGUGACCAACAGCUAUAAAAUGCGUUUGGGCAGCGGAAUGCUUAAGAAUCCCAGUGCACAGCGUAAACCCAUCUAUGGCAGCCUUAGCUAUGCGUUUGUGGAGAAGAUUCGGGUCAACACAAGCAGUAUUUAUGAGCACGAGAAACUCGAGCAGCUGCCGCUGCUGAUGGAGCAUCGCGGUUCUGUACUGGAGCUGGAUGCAAACGGUGUGGGCGGCCUGGAUGUGCAGGAGCAGUCCUACUACGGACGCACAAUGGAUGCCCGCAGCGAGGUGAAGGUGGAUAUAAUUGGCCAGUGGGUUGAUCAGCAUCGUGAGCUUAAUGCCGAUAUCUACGAAUACUAUGGCCAUGGCCUGAUGCGCUAUAAGCAACCAAUUGCGGGAGUCCGGUUAACGUUUGUUCGUAUCGACAGCACCGAGCCGGCAUUUGAGGCGCCCGAAUCCGAUAAUCUGGCCAAGGCGUCACUGUUCCAGGACAUGGCUGCUGCGCCAGCCAGAAUGAGUGCAAAUGGCUCCAUGGAGUUUAGGGAAUGGGAGGCGGAAGAGCAGCAGGGGGGCAGCUCCUCUUUCUAUCCCUGGUUUGUGAUCAGUUGCCUGUUGUUUGGUAUACUCCUAGUUACCCUAGUGUAUGGCAUUGUCCGCGUCUACAACAAAAAGACCAAGGAGAGGCAAAAAUACGAGCUUGCCAACACUAGCAACAAGCUCGCAAGCUCCGCCUAGAAGUAAGCAACUUUUACAUUUGUUCCCAACAUGAAAUUUCAAGAAUUAAAGUAACAGUUCUCUGAAUUUAAACAAUACUUUUUAUAUUUCCUUGUUUUGCAAGAUUUUCGUUAACCGCUAUCUAACAGCUGAUUAAUAAACAGCUACCCUGUUAUUAACAUACUCUUAUCGAUUAUGCUAAAUGUUAAAACACUGCACUUGUGACGUCACCUUUUCGCACAGCUGAAAUGACGCCCGUUUUAACAGCACCUUACCAAAAGCUUCCAUCAUGGCAUGACAGUCCUUAAAGUAUUCGUACCCGGCGCAGCUGUUACGUGGGUGUGUAAAAUCAAGUUAGUGUUUGGUGAAAAUUAUUUGCAUAUUUUUAAAUGUGCCAAGCUAUAAAAAAAAAAGCAAGUCCGGACGACAAAAAGUCGCAAAAAGCGCAAGGCACAGCGCAGUUUUGAAAGUUUUCGUGCGUGUUGUGAAAUGUGAAAUCCGCGGGCUGCCACUAUUUAAACACAUUUAGGUAAGUAAUUAAGUUCUUCAAAUAAUAACAAAUUGUUAUUGUCAAUCUGUUAGCAAAUUAUCUUAAUCGCACAAAACGUUUUAUUCUG